UAUAUCAUGUUGAUCUAGAUAAAGCUGAGAAAUUAGACAACCUUUAAUUCAUUUUAUAAGAAAAAGAUGGCGAAACGAGCAGAUUCCUUUUGUUUCAUAUCAUGUGUUCUUGUCUCGUUUUUGAUUUUAGGCUCUGCAGUGACAGAUGAUUCUCAAGAUAAAAAAGUGUAUGUUGUCUACAUGGGCUCACUUCCGUCUCGACUGGAAUACACACCAAUGUCGCAUCAUAUGAGUAUUCUUCAAGAAGUCACCGGAGAAAGUUCGAUCGAAGGACAUUUGGUGAGAAGUUACAAGAGGAGUUUCAACGGGUUUGCGGCUCGACUCACCGAGUCAGAACGAGAAAGAGUAGCCGAAAUGGAGGGAGUUGUGUCAGUGUUCCCGAGCAAGAACUACAAACUCCAAACGACGGCGUCUUGGGACUUCAUGGGGCUAAAGGGAGGAAAGAAUACAAAGCGUAACUUAGCAAUAGAGAGUGAUAUUAUUGUUGGAGUCAUCGACAGUGGGAUUUGGCCAGAAUCCGAGAGCUUCUCUGAUAAAGGCUUUGGUCCUCCUCCUAAGAAAUGGAAAGGUGUUUGCUCCGGCGGCGAAAACUUCACAUGCAACAACAAGUUGAUUGGAGCAAGAGACUACACAAGCGAAGGCACUAGGGAUAGCAUAGGCCACGGUUCACACACAGCAUCCACAGCGGCUGGAAAUGCAGUUGAGAACACAAGUUACUAUGGAAUCGGUAAUGGAACUGCGAGAGGCGGCGUUCCAGCCUCAAGAAUCGCAGCUUACAAAGCAUGUGGCGAGACAGGGUGUAGCGAUGAAUCUAUACUAUCGGCGUUCGAUGAUGCGAUAGCAGACGGUGUUGACCUCAUCAGCAUCUCUAUCGGGGAACGCUUUGUCCACAAAUACGAAAAGGACCCAAUGGCGAUUGGGGCUUUUCACGCUAUGGUCAAAGGGAUUCUUACUGUGAACUCAGCCGGUAACGAUGGUCCGGAUCCGGGCUCAGUCAUAAGUGUAGCACCGUGGAUCUUGACAGUUGCAGCGAGCACCACCAACCGUGGGUUUGUCACCAAAGUUGUACUCGGAAACGGGAAGACACUUGUUGGGAAAUCAUUGAACGCUUUUGAUUUGAAAGGAAAGAAUUAUCCUCUUGUGUAUGGAACUCUUCUUAAAGAACCUCUGCUUAGGGGAAAAAUCUUGGUGAGUAAAUAUCAACUUAGUUCAAACAUAGCUGUUGGAACCAUAAAUCUUGGUGACCAAGACUAUGCCUCCGUUAGCCCUCAGCCCUCCUCUGCCCUGUCACAAGAUGACUUUGACUCUGUCGUCUCUUACGUUAACUCCACAAAGUCCCCGCAAGGAACUGUUCUAAAAAGUAAAGCAAUCUUUAAUCAGAAAGCUCCUAAAGUUGCUUCCUUCUCUUCUCGCGGUCCAAAUACUAUUGCGGUUGAUAUUCUAAAGCCAGAUGUAACAGCACCAGGAGUGGAGAUUCUCGCUGCGUAUUCACCUUUGAAUUCACCAUCUGAGGUAUGGUUUGAUAAAAGACAUGUGAAGUACUCUGUUCUGUCCGGAACUUCGAUGGCUUGUCCACACGUUGCAGGCGUGGCUGCGUACAUCAAGACUUUUCAUCCUGAAUGGUCUCCUUCCAUGAUCCAAUCUGCCAUCAUGACAACUGCUUGGCGGAUGAAUGCUACCGGAACCGGGGUUGCAUCAACCGAAUUUUCUUAUGGAGCAGGACAUGUCGACCCAAUAGCCGCUCUUAAUCCCGGACUCGUCUAUGAAUUAGACAAAGCAGACCACAUCGCCUUUCUUUGCGGUUUGAACUACUCUUCAAAAACUCUUCAGCUCAUCGCCGGUGAAGCCAUCACUUGCACUGGAAAGAGCUUACCAAGAAACCUCAACUAUCCUUCAAUGUCGGCUAAACUUUCGGAAUCUAAUAGCUCCUUCACUGUGACAUUCAACAGAACCGUGACCAACCUCGGUACCCCAAACUCAACAUACAAAUCAAAGAUUGUCAUAAAUCACGGAUCUAAACUCAAAGUCAAGGUCUCCCCAAGUGUUCUAUCUAUGAAGUCCGUGAAGGAGAAGCAGUCUUUCACAGUGACUGUUUCAGGCAGCAAUCUCAACACAAAUCUGCCUUCAUCUGCAAAUCUAAUAUGGUCUGAUGGAAAACAUAACGUGAGAAGCCCCAUUGUUGUUUAUACUUAUAGUGGUUAAUGACUGAUAAAGCAUUAUCACUUCACCAUAAUUAUCAAUCAUCAUAUAAUAAAAAUCAAUAUUGUUGUUGUUGUUGUUGAGUUUCUUUAUUCAAGAAUAGUGUUUCAAUCUUAUUUCACAGUUUCAGAGAGCUCUGCAUCUAUUUGAAUUUAAAACUCAUUCAUAUAUCCUAAACACACAAAAUUCAAUUCAAGCAUUCUCAUUAUAACAAUCAAGAAUCCUGUUAGAUUUAAAUUCUAGGUUAAAAUUUUGAUAGAGCUAGCAGAAAACUAGCUCAGCGAAUUGAAACAAUAAAAAUCAAAGAAAAAUUGCAAAGCUAGGGAUGAUGUUACCCGGAGAAUUUGGCCGAGAAGAAGCUUUCUCAUGAAGAGGAAGACGGCGACAAUGGAGAUCUUGUACCGAUCGAUGGAGAGACGCGUGGAUGCGGGUCCAUGGUAAGAUUCCAACACCGUCCGCACCAGAUGUUUUUUUACUCCCGCUUCUCUAAUUAUAAUUAUUGACUUAAAAUCAUAAAAAAUCACAAUGGGUAAACGGAUAAAAAUGCGGAUCCUAUUCAACCCGACUUAGAAAACACGCGGAUCUUCGUUUGUUUUAAUCGACACCGUCCAUUCCUUCUACAGAAAAUGCCUAGGUUUUCCAAAUUUUCUUUUUUCGGCAGUUUACAACAACAACAAAAAAAAAAAAUUAAAAGACCCUAAACAUGAACCCAAGCGUCUCGGAAGAAGCCGACUUUGGAGAGAUCCAGAUCGGGAUUGGGGUUGGAAAGCGAGAUCUUGGAGGCGUCGAGCUCGAGGCGACCGAUGUGAGUGAAACCGAAUUCGUCUAAAGGGAUGAUUCGACAUGGAGAAGAAGGAAUCAUGGUCCUCAUGGACCAAGAAUACAUAAUUGCAAAAUUAUAAACCAAACUGGAUUAAACCGGAAUUUGGUUUUUGGUUCACUCAAACAUCCUACAUUCCGGUACUUUGUCGGUUAUCUAUUGUCUAUACGGUUCGUAAAUUUUGAAUUUGUAACUGAAAAUUAUCCGGACAUCGCAUUGACAAGACAAAACAAAAAAAGAAACCCACAAAAACUGAGAUAAGAUAUCUUAUCUUUAAUGUGUCACACUGUACUUGUUUUGGAUCCAGACACAAAGUAUCUUUUUUUUGCUCAUUAAAUUUAUUUAUUUUUCUUUCCCUGAGAAACUGAAAGAAUCUUUUUUUCCAAUCUCAACAUUUGUUUCAUUAAUUUGUUACUAUUUUAAAUGUGUAUUGAUUUUUUCUAAAAAGCCACCGCCCUCGUAUGUACAUGUUGGAUGGUAGACUGGUAGUAUAUCAUUGUAAUAUUCAACUUAAAAUCCGGCCGGUGACCUAUGUUAUGCUGUAGCUGUUCUCUAAAGUUUUAACUUUCAAAUUUCAAUGUUUCGACAUAAUGUAUAAAAAGUUUUUUUCGACAUGUGGUUAAUAAAAAGUUUUGUCUCUCUCAUGAAUUAAAGUUUGGUUAGAACUGAGAAAGCCGACUAUGUUUUUAGAGAUUGAUGAGAGUUCUCUGCUUUGUUCCAUUUGUCUUCUCUGAUAGGUUUAAUAUAGCAUCCUCUACUUUGCUAUGUUAUUAGCACCUAAAAUUGUUUAUUAUUUAUCAUUUAUACAGAUUUUUUUUCCUUUUUCACUUUCCAAUGAGUUUUUUACGAUCUGAGUAUUUCAUGAAUUUGUUUUCUGUGUUAGUGCUAAGUAGGCUUCAAGAAGCUAUUGUUAGUUAUUACGGAGCUUGAAGAAGAAGUUAAGCUUCUUAAAAAUCUCUCCAAUCCAAAUAUAGCUCGAUAUUUGGGCACAGUGAGGGAAGAUGACACCCUGAAUAUCCUUCCCGAGUUUGUUCCCGGUGGAUCUAUAUCAUCGCCAGCCUGAUCAUCGCUCUUGGAGAAAUUUGGACCUUUUCCUGAAUCAGUAAGUCAUGCUUGUAUUUAUUUUUGCCAUCGCUUAAAAUGUUUGAGAAUGAUUGAAUCAGGUUGUGCGGUUGUGCCGACUAACACGAGGCAACUACUUCUAGGGUUGGAGUACCUUCACAAUCAUGCACAGAGACAUUAAGGGGCUAAUAUUCUUGUGGAUAAUAAAGGAUUCAUUAAACUUGCUGAUUUUGGUGCAUCCAAACAAGUAGCUGAGUUGGUAAGUCAGUAUUUUGUUUUUGAUAACUUAUAUUGCAUGAAGCCUUCUGUUUUGUGUACAUCUAAUAUUCUAAUGCUAACUUGGUUCUGAUAUCAACAAGUUAAAAUAAUGAGGUAAAAAAAAAAUAUGGUGAAUAAAAGUAUUAUUCAUUUGUAACAUUCGAAAACAAGGAGUUAGCUUCUGAAGCAAUUGAGAAUCUAAAUAACAUUGAAUUCAGAGUAAAUUCUUUGACCCUAUUCUUAAAAACUAUAGUCAUUUCAGUGAGACUUAUCUACCGCUUAAGAGUUCGUGAUGGGUUGGUGUUUUAGAAUUUGUCUGGCUCUUAUUUGUUUGUUUUCUUAAUGUUAUUCAAUAGGGUAAAUGGAUAAAAUGUGUGUUCGUUUAACUCAUUAAUACAAGUAGAUACAAUUAUGUGUUCAACAUUGCAAUAGUCAUUAUUGAACAGCUUAAUGAAUCCCCUUUCAAUUUUUUGAUCUUUUGUAAUAUGUGAAUUUAUACAAAAAUCCAAACUUACAAGGGAAAAUAUUAUUUCCACAUUGAUGAAGAGAUCACUUGUGGUAAGUACUUUUAUUGGCUGCUUUACUAGAUUGAAGUUGAUUUAUAUAUUCUCAGUGUCAACUGGGUUGAUAUAACAGGAAACAAAAUUGUUUGGGAAAGAAUUAUCUUUCAAUAAAUAGAGACGAGUUUGGGUAGGGUGUCCGCAGAUAGGGAAGCCACUGGCAAUGAAAGUAAAAUGUGAGAAGAAAGAAGAAAAGACAAUGAGAAGAAGAAGAACGAAGAGGCGGGGAAGGUCUUUGGUAUUUUACCAAUUAACAUUAUGUCGUUUGACUUUUUACUUUUGCUUACAUACUAAAAUUACAAAAACAUAUCUAUUGUAAUUUGUUAUGUCAUAUUUCAUAAAAUAAAAGUAAUAAAGCUUGAUUAUCAA